AUGGCGCCUCCCAGCAAUGGCAACGGUGGCGGGCCGUACGACCCCCCCAUACCAACAUACGAGCAGGCCGUGUCUAGCCACGCCAAUGUGCAGCACUUGUCGCUGGGUGGAGCCCUGCCUUCUCCUUCCACCUUCGAUCCGCUGUCGCCGAUGGGCGAGGCCUACUAUGCCCCCGAACACGAGAGCCGCUCGCUGCUGCGACGGAGCCACCAGCGAACUUCAUCGACCGGAACUGAGCCAGUGGCUGGGUCGGCUGGCGCGCGCUCACGAGCAAGGCCGAGCGGCUACCGGCCGCCAACGGUCGAGACGGACGACGAGGACAGCACAUGGAGCUCGUCCGAGUCAGAAGACGGCCACGACGACGACGCCCAUACCGAAGCUGCACACGUGCGCCGGGAGAUGCUGGAGCUGGAUAUGGAGGACCCACUCAGCACCGACGGGCGAGGCCAGCGCGGCCGCUCCUCCAUUUUCGGGAAGACCAUUGGCUUCUCGCUGCCCAAGUGGAAGUGGAACUGGCGCUGGUCGAUGCCGCGGCUGCAACUGCGGCUGCCCAACGGACCGCAAGGCAGCACCGGCCUCGGCUUUGGGAGCCGAUUCGGCGGCCGCUUGGCUGGAUUCUCGCCUAUCCACAACGGCGACGGCGAAGUCGACUUGGUCGAUGCAAGCACGACCACUUCACCGGGUGCAAACGGCGGCGAUGCAUCUGCGUCAUCUUCGGCGAGACGCUGCCGCUGCUGGCCGGCCUUCCAACCGUCUAACUCGGCGCCGUCGUUGAUUGUGUUCGCACGCAUCUUUGUGCUUGCGCUCAUCCUUGGAUUUAUCUACCUGAUCUUCAUCAGCGACCUCUUCUCGUCCGUGUCCCGCCGUCUCGGCAACCAGGCCUUCGACCCCGAGAGCGUCCGAAUGUUUAUCCAGUCCCAGGUCGAUCCGGCAUACAUGAAGGAUAUGUCCAAGCAUCUGACGAGCUAUGCGCACAUGGCGGGUACUGAGGGCGACUUUGCCGUGGCCCUCGACGUGAAGAAUCUUUUUCAGCAGUACGGCCUGGAGAGCAUUACCGUGGACGAGUAUUACGUCUAUCUCAACUACCCAACUGCGAAUGGACGUGCUGUUGAAAUUAUCGGCGACGACGGAACGGCGACUUGGAAGGCCAAGCUCGAGGAGGACGACAUGGGCGGCGAGACAGCCGGCAACCAGACGUACGCUUUCCACGGCCUCUCCAAGUCUGGUGACGUCCAUGGCCCGCUGGUAUAUGCCAAUUACGGUUCCCGCGAGGACUUCCAGAAGCUGCACGACAGCGGCAUCGAGACCAAGGGCGCCAUCGCCCUUGUGCGCUACUAUGGCACACAGCCGGACCGAGCCCUCAAGGUGAAGGCGGCCGAGCUGGCUGGCUUUGCCGGCUGCCUCAUCUACAGCGACCCGAUGGAGGACGGUUUCCUCCGGGGCACAGUGGCACCCGAUGGUCCCUACAUGCCGGCCGAUGGUGUGCAGAGAGGGUCCGUCUCGUUGAUGAGCUGGGUUGUUGGCGAUGUGCUCACGCCUGGCUGGGAAAGCAAGAAGAAGUUGCCGCGGAUGUCGCCGGCAGCUUCGCCCGGCCUAGUGCAGAUCCCCAGUCUACCGCUGGCCUGGCGCGACGCUCAGGUGCUCCUGCAGCACCUUCGUGGCGCUGGCGUGCGCGUGCCCCAGGGCUGGGAGGGCGGCGUGCCUGAUGUGGACGAGUGGUGGACGGGCAACGCUACCGGCUCGCCGAUUGUGAGGCUCAAGAACGAGCAGGACGAGGUGACGGAGCAGCCGAUCUGGAACGUGUACGGCCGCAUCGAGGGCAUUGAGCAGGCGGCCAAGAAGGUGAUUUUGGGCAACCACCGGGACGCCUGGACAUUCGGCUCAGCAGACCCUCAUUCGGGCACGGUUGUGAUGCUGCAGAUGGCACGCAUCUUUGGAGACUUGCUGCAGCGCGGCUGGCGGCCACUGCGCACCAUCGAGUUCAUGUCGUGGGACGCCGAGGAGUACAACCUGAUCGGAUCGACUGAGUACGUGGAGAACAAUCUCGGUGCUCUGCGCAGCGACGCGCUCGCCUACUUGAACCUGGACACGGCCGUGACGGGCCAACAGCUGCACGUGGCCGGCUCCCCUGUCUUCUCCAAGGUCUUGGUGCAAGCCAUGAAGCGUAUCAGCGACCCCAACGGCAAUGCGUCGCUGUACGAUAUGUGGCAGCGCCACGGCAGCUACUUGGAAGUGCUCGGAGCCGGCUCCGACUACGUCGCCUUCCAAGAUAUUGCCGGCACCUCCUCACUGGACCUGCAUUUUGAUGGACCCGAAAAUGCCAUGCCGCUGCACAGCGCCUACGAGAACUUCGACUGGAUGGAACGUGUCGGCGACCCGGGAUUCGUAUACCACGGCAUUCUCGGCGAGCUGAUCGGCCUGGUGCUCAUUGAACUGGCUGAUCGGCCCGUUUUGCCCUUUGACAUGGCUGCCUACGCCAAUGCCCUCCAGAUCUGGGUCAAGGAGCUGAUUGCGUGGGUGCGCGAUAAGAGCGGCGAGAACGCCGCCCGUAUCGAUGUCGUAACCCUGCAGGAGGCCACCGGCAAGGUCGUUUCCGCUGUCGCCGAGUUUGAGGGCUGGGAAAGGAGCUGGGAGGCCGAGGUGCUGUCCGGGGGCGGCUGGGAGCCCAGUAGUGUAGGCCGUCAGCGGGAAGAGUACAAUAGCCGCAUGGGCAUGUUUGAGACUGACCUGCUGGAUCUGGCCCAAGACGGAGGUAUCCCCAACCGGACGCAAUUUCGCCACAUUCUCUACGGCCCCAGCCUUUGGGACAGCUACGAAGGCGAUCUAUUUCCGGCUGUUCGAGACGCAGUCAAUGUGGCUGACUGGGCGCUGGCAAAUCGUACUGUCGCCAAGAUAUCUAAUAUCCUGCGCAAGGCGGCAGACAACCUGGUGGAAUGA